UUAAUGCUGCAUAAUUAAUUAAUCCUUCGUCUUUGUUGUAGCGUGUUAGGGGUUUUCCUGCAAGAAAAGUUAAAGAUUCUCACUCUAGAACACAAAAGCCUGGCACAAUUCGCUUUGUACUUGAGUAUUUAAGUGGAAAUUGAAAUAAAACUAGUCGCGUGGAGUGAGCUAUUUUGGCAGAGCUUGAGCAGCACAACGCGAGUGGAAGAUUGGGACAACAACAAAAGUAAAAGUAAAAGCAACCUGGACCUUUGAGUUAACUUAAAUGCAUUUGACAAAAAGCAGGUGAGAAGUCCAUGUUUGCCUCGUCUCUUGGUGAUGGAAGGACUGGCUGGUGGUGUUAGUUUGUGUGCUGUUCUCAAGGCAACAGUCUGAAGUUCAUGCAUUCACAUGAAGAGCGCUGCUUUUGCCCUGGAAGACAGGGAUAAUGUUCAAGGACAUGUUAAAUCACCUUGAUGACCCUUGAGUGGACAUUACGCAGGCUGUUCAUAAAACAUUCAUAAAUGGUCAGCUACUAGAGAUUACAUCAAUAUCAAUGUUGAGCUGCAGGUGGUAUAGGAGCUCAAGGUGGAAUAAAGGAGAGCGAUAAAGAGCCAGGUAAUGGAGCGGAGCAGAGGUGGUACCACCGCAGGGGUUCUGGUGUGGACACCAGCCCCAGCGUACUCCUCUCCCUCAAGCCCAGAUGGGUCGGACUUCAGCUGGGAUGAAGAACCAGAUGAGGACUUUCAAAGCCAGAUGGAUGAGAAUGGCAUCAUUGGUCUGGCAGAGAGUCAAGGGCAGCAGGAGGAACGAGAGGAGGAGAUUGCAGAAGACCUGUUGUGGGGUGUGAAAACCCCUGAGCCUGAGCAUGGGCCACCACCUGCACUAGAGGAGAAAAGCUGUCACCUGAGUGAGCUGCUGGACUCUGAGCCGCUCUCUCAGGCCACUGGAGAUGACUGCCGCUCUCCAUCUCUGCAGGAAGAACACAAAACAAAAGACGACCGAAGUGUUUUGUUGGAAGAUUGGACUGACGAUGAGGACAGUACAGGGAGCCCAACAAUCCACAGUCACAAAUUAAACUCUUUCCCGCAGAGAGAGACAGUGCUAGACAUGACUGAUGAGGAAACGGAAGAGAAAGAAAUGUGUGAAGAUGCUCAGAGAUUCAUGGAUCAAACAUUUCCUGUCACAGAAGAGAUGGCAUCUAUGUUUGAAAGGGUGAAGAACCGUGAUUACAGUGAGAUUCCAAUUUCAGGAAUCCCAGAGCAUUCUGAGCAAAGUGUUUCUGAGGAACUUGAGGAAACCAAUGGACAAUUUCUGCCAGUCUCACAUCGUAUCUCACGAAACACUUCUAAUCUCAUCAGUUUUCCCCAUUUGUCCUCAGAGGAACUGAUGAAUAACUGUGGAAUUGAAGCUGAGACUUUUCCAGAGGCAGACAUUAGGGCAGAGCCGUCUCUUAGAACCCCUAAAACAUGCCACAUGGUUAGAUCAAAAGGGGAGGAGAUUAAACACAAGGUUACACCUCAAACUUCAGCCAGAAGCCCUGUAAUAAAAAUCAGACUUGGAAAAACACACCAAGAUGGUACGAGUGGAGAAAAAGUAGGGCUACACUGUCCUAACCACAAUCUGCAGCCUCCAACGCCCUCUCCCAGAAAAACAAACCCAGCUUCCUGUGACGAUCAGGUUUCCAUUCCAGCGCAGUGCAUUUCUAAAGCAAGUGUCUCCCCCUCAGAGCGUUCGCCACCUCCUGCACCUCACCGGUCUUCAGCAAUAAAGAACCACAGAACCUCCAAAACCUCUCACACUGAUCCAGAUGACGUCAGGAAAGGACAGCUGAGUCACCCUUUACCUGAUUUCUCCAAAGUGGAGCCGAGGGUACGCUUCCCGAAAAAGAGUGGAUACAAACCUCCUAAAAGCCGUCAACCUCCUCAUGAUAGAACUUCACACCCGGAUCUUCCUGUAGUGUUCAAGUCCCCUGCUGAGAUUGUGAGAGAGGUCCUUUUGAGCAGCUCUGAUAGGUCUCCAGGAAGCCCCUCCAUCAGUGGGGCCCACAAGCGUCUGCACAGCACAGUACCAGAGGAGUUCCGCUGCCCCCAGCAGGCCAGCACACUGAUGCAGCAGCUGCAGGAGGACUAUAACAGGCUGCUUACCAAGUAUGCAGAAGCUGAAAAUACUAUCGAUCGACUUCGCCUUGAAGCAAAGAGCAACGUUGAAAACUGCAGAAAAACACCAACUCGUCCUUCCUCUGUGAACUCGGUCAGCUCGAGGAGGUCUGGAUCUCUCACUGCAAACCACCUAACAGAGACUCUGACCAAACAAACUCAAAGAUUUCAGCUACAGGUUGAUGCUUUUGAGGCACUUCUAAAGAAUGGGAAGCUCAAGCCCUGUGAACAGAUAAAGGGUCUCUCCACACUGGCACAGGGGCAGGAGUCUCUUGAACAUGCUUACCUUGAUGCACGAGCCCAGUAUCAGAUGCAGCAGCAGCGAAAAGGCAGGCAUGUCACCUUUGACCCAGACAGGGACCUAGAAGGUCAGAUCUUCAGGUCAGGGAUGCGAUUGGAGGAGCUGAAGGAGUGGCUGGAGCAAGCAGAACAGAACAAACCCAUUUCUGAACCUACUUUAAACCCUCUGCCUCCUUCAGAUGUGCUCUGUGUGUCCAUGCUGGAGACCGAACCUCUGCCUGAGAGCCCACUGUCUGCUGUCCAUCCUGAGGCUUGUGUUGGUGUGGAGGUUAGUUCAGUUAGCGGAGAGAGUGAUGCAGACGGAGAGGAGGAAGAAGAGAUCCUCCCAUUUCUUCUUCAUCCCCUCCAUGUCAAACACCAGCGAGUGGAGAGAGACUUCAGUAAGCUCAUGGACUGCUAUCAGAGUUUUAAAGAGCUGCCUGGGAUGCUGGACCCAACUGUGACUUUAAAGAGCCAUGACUUGCUGGAUUUUGGAGACUCUGCUUCUCUUGGGAAUACAAGUGUAACGGACAGACAACAACACAGGAUUUUUAAUGAGAAAAAGACGACGACAUCUGCUCAGCAGCAGGCAGCAGCAGAUUGUGUCCCUCCCUCCGGCCCAUUUGUCAGGUCACAGGUGUGUGACUCUAUGGAAACUCACCUAGAGGCUCUUUGCCACUCCUCGGUGUUGCCAGGGCAACCGGGCAGGGGAAGGAAAACAGCAGGAAACAGGAAAACUCAAAGCAGUAGCCUGACCAGCCUGGCAGAGAGCACAGAACCCAGAACUAUGGGUUUAAAAGCAAAGGCUAAGACUGUCAGAGCAUCCCCUCUGGAUUGGGUUAAGUCUCCAGAGACAGACAGUGGCUUUAUGGGCUCUGAGAGUCAGCUCACUCCUCCAGUACACAGUCCUCUCCAGCUGAGGGCAGUGGCGAGUUCCAUCGGGCCGCCUAGCCCGCGUGCGAACACAGAAAGACCAGAGUCUGCUCCUCCUGCUAGACAGCCUUUUGCCAUCUCCCCCACUCAAUCACAACCCUCUACAAAUACCCAAGAAGAACACCUCACUAAGUCUGAAGGAUGCACGGGUCCUGUGAGGAGGAGAAGAGGGGAGGAAAUGUGUUCUUCUUCCAGCCUUACUCCCUCAUUAUCCCCCAUUCAUUGGCCCAAUAGCACCCUCCUGCCCUGGCCGAGCAGCCUGACCAGCCAAUCAGAGCAUGGGAGUGAUCAGGUCCGUUUCUUAUCAGGGGAUGAGAAAUCACAGGAUGGCCAGUACCCACAACCAGCCAAUCAGCAGCUCCGCUCUCACAGAAGCCCUUCCCUCCAUGUGCCUUAUCACCACGGUGACCACCUCAAAGCUCAAAGUUCCGUUCAGCUAACAAAUCAGCAAGAGGCUCUUCGAUCUCUACAGCAAGAAGUGAACCGACUGAAAGAGAGACUAGAGGGAAAUCUGAGACUCUCCGAACCUACCAGUCCUGUCAGAGUACCCACUUCUGCCAUAGAAGAUACCAGGGAUCAGGCUUCCCCACAGACCACAACGUCUUCAGACAGGAGAAGGCAGCAGAAAGAGAGAGGGAGGAAUGGAGAACAAGAGAGAGGAAACUCGCCAAGAUCCGCAUCUUUACCUCGACAUCGGCCUCAAACUGAUCCGACGACUAAUUCUGAGCUUGUCCAAUCUGAGCCACGACCAUCAACUUUAAGACAUGUCCUGAUGUCCCCUAUGACGUCACGAGGAAGAGGACAAACCAGAGGAUUUGGACGUCACAAAGAGGACAGUACAUCAGGCAGAGCCGACAAUAGAGAUGAAACCGAAUCAAGCCGAGGACCAGAACCUGCCUGCUCACAUUGCAUGUCAGACCGCACUGGUUCCUUGACACGUCUAGUGAGGAGUAGGAGCUCUCCACAUCUCUCACAGCCUUCCUGUAGCCAUUGCCCAUUGUGUGGUGCAUUACAAGCCAAUAAAAGAGCCUCUCAACCAGCCAAUCAGGAGCCAGUCUCCACCCCCAGAGGGAGUCGGCCAAUGAGAUCCUCCUUACAGAGGGACAGAGGAGGUGUGAAUGUGGCUCCUCCCCCCACAGUUCUGGGAGGUGUUCCAGUUGGCCCAUAUGUGCCCGCCUAUCCUUCAACUCUUUACUUCUCCGGUCCUGUGACGUCACAGGCCUACUCACAACCCUUUAACAUCUCAGUCAGUCCUGUCAGAGAUGAGAGGCCAGGGGUCAGAGGUCAUCGCAGACGAUCGGUCUCUUUGGACCAUCAGCAGCACACUCUAGACAGCUCUCUGACCCGUGCCAUCACGUCAGCUAAAAACAUGAGACAGGUCUCGCAUCGCAUGGCUCACUCUCUGGCCUCAGGACUGCACAGCAGUAGCUUCCUCACCUCAUCCUGCACCUACUGACAUCAGCGUUUACAUCUGUUCAUUUAGCAGACGCUUUUAUCCAAAGCGACAUUUAUUCAUUUUUAUUCGUUUACAAAAACAACUGUUUUUCUCGUAGUGGUGUGACUGAUGCAGACAUGCAGCGCUGCACUGGAAAAUGAUGGAAAAUGUGAGAUGUCUCAGGUGUGCUGUAGCUACUGUUAGAGCUGAUAGCUGCAUUAUGGCAGCUUAAACAUUCCAAGUUUGUACAUACAGUGACCCCUAAAAAUAUUAGGCCAAUCUUAGGCCACACUUAAAGAUGUAUGCAUUUUAGGUUUAAAAAACCAUAAAUAUACUGUUCAAAAUGGAGUUUACAUUAGAACAUGUUUAUAGCUGUGAUGAAAUACACUAUGCUAGGGCACCUGUGUGAAUUUGAGGACUUCAUAUAUCCACUAAAAGCAUUUGUUUUGGAGAGUCAGUUGUCUGUUUUUUGUUACAUAAUGCCAAGACAUUAAUGCAUGUUUAAGUGUGGUUUAAAUGUCCAAAUACUUUUGGGUCCACUGUAGUGCAUCUUUUUCUGGAAAAUCCAAAUAAUGUAACAGAUUUAUAUUUACUUUCACAGUGUGAAGGUGAACCGGUUUUCUUUAUAAAUCUGUCAGUGACAGGUUUUUAAAUCUUAAUUUUUUUCUAAUAGGGAGAAAAUGGGUAUAGUGCCACUCUAGAGUUUUUAUUUAUAUUACCAUACUUUUGUACUGUAUUUGUUUACCUAGAAUUUCCAAACAGCAUAACCUUUUUAAUGUAAAGGCAUGUGUGACAUGGUUUUCUACCCCACAGUCAAAAAAAGCAGUUUGAUUGAGUGGAGUAUAUAGAGUCCUAGAAGAGUCUGUAGCAGCAUUGAGGUCAGUGUGAAAAGACCAGCAUGCAUUUCACCUUGUGGAAACAAAAACGGAAUAGUUAUUAGUGUAAGUUUUUAUAGGUUAUGCAAUAUUGAUUAUUUUGGGCAUCACCUAGUUAGGCAAAUUUAAUGAAUUAUAAUGUUUCUGUCAUGUGUUUUGUAUUU